AUGAUAAUAAUCAAGAUCGAAUUGCAGGAUGAAUGUAAUAAUAGUAAUAAUAAUAAAGAAUCAGAAAGAAGAGUGGAGGAGAAGCCGCCAUACUCGUAUGCUCAGCUGAUCGUACAAGCAAUAAUGAGCCAACCCAAUCAUCAGAUCACACUUUCUGGUAUAUACGCUUUCAUAACGAGUCGAUAUCCAUGGUAUCGAGCCACUGAUAAAGGAUGGCAGAAUUCAAUCAGACACAAUCUCUCACUGAAUCGAUACUUUGUGAAGGUAGCCAGAGCACACGAUGAGCCCGGAAAAGGUUCUUUUUGGCGAAUGGAACCGUCGUCGGCGCAGCGUAACAUUGAAAUGGCGUAUAAAAAACGAAAAUUAAAAACUUUCAAAGGAACGACGCAGUCAACAUCGAAUACCGAUAAUAAGAAUUCGACGUUGACAGCAGCAGCAACAGCGAAUAACAGUAAUGGCUCAUCAGCAGGAUCAUCAUCGAUAGCGUUUGUCGAUUAUAGCAAUUGUUCUGAAGAAAUGUUUCAGUCAUUUGAUACAAAUUCUCGUGAAAGUGGAUGCAAUCUGAAAGUUGUAUUCAAUUAUGAUGAUACGAUCAGUCGAGAUUCAACCAGUCUUACCACCACUGAUAAUAAUAAUCAUAUUUAUAAUAACUCUCCUCGAGGAAAGAUUUGUUUCGAUGUGGAUGAUGUGAAUAAUGAAGAUGAAUUGAGUGAAGCGUUGAAUAUUGAUGUAGAUGAUAGUAAAUUAUAUCAACAACAGCAUAAUAAUAAAUCGAUUUCCAAUGUCUCCUCGCCACUAACGCUUCUAGAUGAUUUCACUCAGCAACACCAACAACAACACUCAUCGCUAAUGAAUAAUAACGAGAAUUCGUCUGUAAUAAUGGCCGACUAUGAAAGUCUAUGUGAAGAGUCAUUACGUUAUGUGCAAAGUGCUCCUUGUUCACCAAGAGGUGUAUUUUCACGAAGAGAAGUGCACGUAAAUGGUUCAACGAACACAUCGAAUUACCAUUAUUACUCUGCACCUGGCUCGGCCACAUUCCGAGUUCGACAAUCAGUCAAAGAUGGACGUUCACGUCUACAACUCUGUCAUUCACCACCCGAAUAUCGUUCGUUUAAUCUCAACAGUUUGGGUUAUCGAAGCACUUGGCAACAUUUACAUCCGUAUCAACGCGGUGGUACAAAAAGUUUAAGUACGACACCAGUACGUGAGCUGCUACAUGGUGGUGGUUCGACUGGUAUACAUUUGGAGGAAUUGAAGCGUGAUCUAAGAAUGCUUUCAUCCCCAUUAUCCUCAUCGUCGAAACACAUUCAUAUGAAUACCCCUUCAUCUAGUUCUGCUUCUUCAAUCAAUAACACUCACCAAUUGAACGUUUCAUAUUCUAAUAAACCAACUACAACCACAACUUCAAAUCACAGUUUAUUCUUGUCUGCAAAUUCGGUCAACAACAACAAUAAUCUCUUAACUGAUAAUAUUACUGAUACUACGACGACCACUACUACUAACAAUACUGAUAGUAAUUCGAUUAAAAACAAUACUUCUAUUAGUGAUAAUGACGGUGUUUUAUCAUCACCGGCAACAACAGCAAUAAGCAGCAGCAGCAGUAACAACAGUUCGAUAUCAGUUUUUGAAUCAAAGCAGAAAUCGCCAUCCUUAUCGGUAUCGGCCUCAGCAUCAUCUGCUGCAUCAUCCACUAUUUCAAUUUAUCAUAAUACAAGCGUUCAACAACCGUUAUGUGCUCAUAAAUACCGUCAUUUAUUCGAGUUAAAUCGUCUCAAAUCUACAUCACCCUCAACUGCAACUGAUCAACUACUGUAUAUUGAUACUACUGCAGCUAUCAGUAAUACCAAUAAUGAUAAUAAUCCACAUCCAAUAUCAACUCAUUCUCCGUCUUCGAAUAACGCUAUUAAUGUGAUAACAGCAAUGCCCACCUCCUCCUCAUCAUCUGCCAUUCAGCAUAAUAUCAGCACUGGUGAUAAAUAUAGAUUCGUUAGUAAUAGUAAUGAUAUGAACAAUAAUUCUGGUUGUGCUAAUAAUGAUAAUAAUAUGACUAUAAAACUGGCUGCUGUUAGCCGUGGAAGUGAUUCAACGAACGCUCUUCCAGUUGUAUCACGUAAAUAUGGUGUUGACGAAUCGGUGAAAAGCAGUGGUACUCGUGAAUUUUGUUCAUCACUCUCGGACUAUAGUAAUAAGAUGAAGCAUCGUAUCGGUGAGCAGCAUCAACAAAAACGUGCUAAAAAACGUUACUUGACAUCAUCGUCAUCAUGUAAUUCUAUCGCGUCAUUAUUGCUCGUAAAUGAUAAUGCUAUCAGCAGUAGUGAUGCAAGCACGAACCCUGUAAGUGAUAAUAAAGAUGAUAGCAGUGAUGACGAUAUGAAGAAGGUGCUGCGUUCAGGAGAACCGAUCGAAGCCAAGGAUAUUCGGAUGGAUGAUGAUAUAGAAAACAAUCGGCAGCUGGAGGAGGCAGUGACUGAAAAGAGUAACAUCGGUGUUACUGCUUCAUCAGCAGAUGACCGUUUCGUCGCGACACCAUCAGCUGUGGACGAUGUGUCAAGGAAGACCGUCUCUGGAAUAAUGUCAACAGCAGACAUCCCUUCAAAUCCCUCUUCCACAUCUAAAUGUGCAAAUGCAACCGUUUCUAAUGCCAUGUUUGUCAAUAAGACGCCACCAGCUGCAUUCAAUACAAAUACUUCAGGAACUCUAUUCCACGGAAACGUCCAGAAAACUUCUUCACCAUUUGAAUCAGUAACGAGUGCAGCUGCCGCACAUGGCGGUGCAUUUUCAGCUUCAAUUGCUUCAAGCACUCAUUCUGGAUGUAUUGAACGAACAACAGCAUUAGCUUCAGCAGCUGCUAAUGAUGAAGCAACUGCUGCGUCUCGUGUUCAAUUCCCUACGACAAACACGACUAGUUGUGAACUGAAUCGAAAUUGUUCAGCCUUCUCAGAUCUCUAUGCAUUUUUGCUUGCCACACAGCAACGUCAACAACAACAGUUUAUGCAGCAGAAUGAACAACUGUUUUCUGCCAUUCAAAGUUACGUAGAUUUGCAUAUGCACUUGACGGGCACACCGUUGACCGCACUUCAGAUAUCUCACUUGCUUGGUCUAUCGUCUUCAACUUCCUCAUGCUCUUCUCCAUCAACAGUUUCGGCGACGAAUCUCAGUCUUAAUCUUCCUCAAAUUAGCAACUCGAAUCCACCCAUUCCACCACAACUUUCGCCUCUAUCUAUGGUCUCGAGUACGUCUCAUCCAUCCACCACUAACCCACAAGCAACAUUCGAAUCUUCUGAAGCGGCUGGCAACUCGCUUUCAUUAUUGGCAGCCUUUUUGCCGACAGCACUUACGCAAACGUCGGCAACGUUGAACGAUAAUGGUAAUGGUAUAUCGUUACUACCACAAAAUUUGUUGUUAAUGCAGCAGUUGAUGAGUGCUGCUGGUAGUGGUGGGGCUGCAGCUACAGCUGCUUGGAUACCAGCAUUGCCUGUUCAGCAGACUGCAACACCACCGGCACACGCAACAGCAUUCAGUUUCAGUCCGGCACUCGUCGUACAAUCUUCCAUUGCCUCUUCGCCAACAACACAAUCGCUCAUCACCAACAUAUCAUUCAAUCCUUAA